UAAACGAUUUGACAAAUUUAUGUCAUCAUCUAAAUAUAAAAAUAUUGAAAUUCAAACAAAUUCUAACGAGAUCUCCCAAAUAAAUUCCAAAUCAUUAACCACACCUAUGGUAUUAUAUGGCCAGAAAUCCCCUGAAGUACGCACACAUUGCCACUAUCCCCGUUCCGAGGGUUUGGAUGUAAGGGCUCGUAAUAAACUUUAUUUAGCCAGUGCUAUGUGUUUAGUUCUGAUGUCGUGUGAAAUUAUUGGUGGUAUACUCUCGAAUAGUUUGGCAGUUGCUAUGGAUGCGGCUCAUCUUUGUACCGAUUUUGCUAGUUUUAUGAUAGCUCUCUUUGCUAUUUGGAUAGCGGGUAGGCCAUCGACACAACGUUUAAAUUUCGGUUGGUAUCGAGCAGAAGUUAUUGGUGCCCUAUUGUCUGUGCUAUUAAUAUGGUUGCUAACAAGUUGUUUAUGUUAUUUGGCCAUUAAAAGAAUUAUGUCGGGAACAUUUGAAAUAGAUGCAGUAAUAAUGAUGAUUACAUCCGGCAUAGCGAUUUUUGUUAAUUUAAUAAUGAGUCUUAUUUUGCAUUUAGACAUAAAAGGUUGUAAUUUUAACACAAAAACUACAAUUGUUAAACAAAAAUAUCGUCCUAAACUAUGGGUUUUAAAGGAAAGUGAUUCUUUUGUGCCCAAUAUAUGCUCAUCAACAGAACAUUUUUUAUGUGCCUACAAAAAUCAAGCCACACAAACUUCUCCUUUUCUAGAGGAGCAACCAUUUGUGGAAGUUAAAUUAAAGCAAACAAAUUUAACAGUUAAAGCUGCUUUCAUUAAUGCCUUGGGUGACAUGAUACAAAGUAUCGGGGUGUUUUUAGCGGGUCUUAUUAUAUACUUUCAACCCUCUUGGUUAAUUGUUGAUCCUAUAUUAACAUUUCUUUUUGCCAUUAUUGUUUUUAUCGCCACUCUUGGUAUUCUACGAGAAGCUUUGCUGGUGUUAAUGGAAUCUACACCCAGCUAUUUGGAUUAUAAUGAAGUAAAACAAUUAUUUUUGUCCAUUAAAGGAGUACAAAAUGUACAUAAUCUUAGAAUAUGGGCUUUAAAUCUUAAUAAAAUAGCCUGUUUAGCCCACUUGGAAAUAGCGGAUAAUGUUGAACCUCUAGAGAUUUUAAAACAGGCCAAUCAGCUGAUACACCAGCGUUAUCAUUUCUUUGAAACCACUAUACAAAUUGAGUGAGAGAUAAAUGAAACUUUUCUCAAUAUUAUCAAUUGGUUAUCUAUAAAAUUUUAGUAUUUUGUUGCACUUUAUGACUUUUUUAUUACU